GAGAUCUUUCCACCUCAAGGUUGAGGAUUGCAUUUGAAUUACGAAUAGUAGUAUCCCCCCUUUCCAGCCUUUCACGCUCUCGACUUCCCUGCAUUCCAGGGAAGCAAUUCAUCAAAGAUGGACAUUCGAGGUGCAGGUACGUACCUUAAGGUAAUUCCACUGCGAUAGACAGUGCGAUAAGCAGUUCGCCGCGCCGUUCUUAAACCUGCCAAAUCAUCGACACCAAACCCGAAUAAGCAACCUUGAAGCUCGCCUAUGCCAAUCCGACAAGCCGUCAAAAUGGUCACCACCGCCGUCGCCGACAUCCCCACCGUUGAGCUCCUCUACAAGAUCGGCCAGAUCCAUGCCACCCCGAAGGCCAUCUUCCCCCACAAUGCGUCGCAUAACCAAAAAGUCGCCGUUGUUCGAGGCGACAUCACCACGCUUUGCGUUGAUGCGAUUGUCAAUGCCGCGAAUAAGAGUCUUCUCGGAGGAGGCGGCGUCGACGGCGCGAUCCACCGCGCUGCCGGCCGAGGACUGCUCCAGGAGUGUAGGACCCUGAAUGGAUGCGCCACCGGUUCCGCCAAGAUCACGGGCGCCUACAACCUCCCUUCCAAGAAGAUCAUCCACGCCGUCGGCCCCAUUUACGACGAGCUCAACCCCGACGACUCCGAAGCGAAGCUUGCGGGUUGCUACAGCACCAGCCUGAAGCUUGCUGUUCAGAACGGCUGUCGCAGCAUCGCUUUUAGCGCGCUAAGCACCGGCGUUUAUGGCUAUCCGAGCACGGAAGCAGCUCCCGUUGCUGUCGAAGUCGUCAGAGAGUUCCUUGACGGAGAGGAUGGCGACAAGCUGGAUAAGAUUGUCUUUUGCACCUUUGAGAUGAAGGAUGUCAGAGCCUACAACGAGACCCUUCCGUAUGUGGAGAUCACACAAAACCCCCUCGCGCAGUACUUGACUUGUUUCGCUAAUAGUCUCUCGACAGUAUCUUCUUCCCUCCCGACGAUCAGCCAGCCACGAAGGACAAAACCGAGGCCGGCCCUACAAAGAAGGAAACAGAGGAGGCCAAAGCUAUCGCGGCUGAGCUACCUAGCGUUCCCAAGUCCGACCCUUCCCAGUAAGCGACGUUCACGCCGAAACACACCAGCAGUUGGCCGGCGCGUCACUGCUCAUGAUAUUACGACUGUACAUCAUGAUGGCUUGGGGAGUUUAUGGACAUUGUAUCAGGGAAAAGCAAGCGGCUUAGUAUACCACCUUUCAUCGAUACAGAAUGACUAUGGCAAUAGAGUUUGUGGGCCUUUUUGGCAACUAUGAUCGACCUUGAACUAUCUUUGGGUUCGUGCCUUCCCUGCAAACCUUCGUAUCCCGUCGGUCAAAGACUCAAAUUAUUCACGUGACCCACGUAAAUCCAACUUCAAUGUCAAAGAAAAUCAAGAUAGAACGCCUGCGCAGUAAGGCUUUCUUCUUUAGACUGUAAUGUGAUGUAACAUAUUUGACUUGGAUCGAGGGAUUCGUCAAGUUGCGAUGUCAAAAGGUAGCCAUACAGACAUUGGAGACUGCGAGCUGCGCAGUUUCGCAAAGAGCCUUUGGCGAACGAAGUGACACGGUGAAUGUUCUUUGCCGCUGAGAAUCAGGUCUAGUGACUUUCUCUAUUCCACUUGGUCAACAUGGAAAUGCUCAUGUUUUUCACGAAUGCUGAACCAAGAAAGUUUAAAUGUAAACUGAGCUUCA